AUGCACAGUACAUUGGACCCGGACACUUUGUGCUACGCUUGCGAGUACAAAGAUGCCACUGGUAAGCAACGCAAAGUGACAUGGGCUAAAAGUGAACUGGAGUACAAUCCGUCAUUUAACAUGGGCCCACGAGAUGUUCUGCCCUGUGUGACAUCUGGUUCCCAUUUCGAAGAGGAAGAGGAGGAGAGAGUUCUUUGCGCUAUGAUAUGGGGAAUGAUUCCACCUUGGCAUCAGGGUGAUUAUAAGAAACGUGCUGACAAGUUAUCCACUCACAACAGUCGUCUGGAAGGCAUACAAACUUCGAAAUUGUAUUCACCCUCGCUGCAAAAGCGACAGAGGUGUAUUGUGAUUUGCGAGGGUUUCUAUGAGUGGAAAGCUAGUACAAAUAAUAAAUCUCCGAAGCAACCAUAUUACAUGUACGCAGCUCAAGAUAAAGGUGUAAGAUCGGAUGACCCUACAACAUGGACUAAUGAAUUUUCAGAGACGGAUGGAUGGAAAGGUUUCAAAGUGUUAAAGCUGGCUGGAAUAUUUGGGAUGUUUACAACUGAGGAGGGAAAAAUCAUACAUAGCUGCACAAUUAUCACAAGAGAGAGUAAUCAAGUUCUAUCUUGGCUGCAUCAUCGUAUGCCAAUAUGCCUGAACGAUGAGGAAGAAUGUCGAGCAUGGUUAAAUACAAAUUUAACGACAGACGCAGCUAUUAAAAGAUUAAAUGACAUUAUAUUGCAAGAAGGAACCUUAAGCUGGCAUCCAGUGUCCACAAUUGUCAAUAACGUUUUUCACAAAACUGCUGAUUGUACAAAAGAAAUAAAACCUAAGGAAGAAAAAAAGAGCAAUCAGGCAUCCUUCAUGGCUUCUUGGUUGCAAAAGGGGUCAGCUGUUUCCAAUAAAAGGAAGAGCAUAGACAAUAAAGAUACAGAUAUCAGUAACAAGGAAGAGGAAACGAAGGCCUCAAAGCAUAUACGAAACGUGACUGGCAGUUAUACGUACACAUGUAAUGAAUCAAAAAAACCACAGAACAAAAAUUUGAAUCGCUACCGGGAUGUGGCGCCUUACGAUCACAGUAGAGUUAUACUUAAGAAAGGCGUAUGUGACUACAUCCAUGCCAAUUAUAUACCGGUGGAUCGUGCUAAGAGGCAGUAUAUCCUGACGCAAGGACCCUUACCUCAUACCGCCGGCCAUAUGUGGCUGAUGGUGUGGGAACAAAAUUGUAAGGCUGUACUGAUGCUGAAUAAGGUAAUCGAAAAGAAUCAAAUUAAGUGUCAUCAAUAUUGGCCAUUGGGAGACACGGACGACGCCAGUAUGACGUUCGACGACGUUGGCAUAAAGGUGGAAUAUGUCAGCAAGGUGGAAACGUCAGAUUACACAACUAGGACAUUACGUAUAACGGACUUGGAAAGUAACGAUAGUAGGGAAAUCUUACAUUUUCAUUAUACCACUUGGCCAGACUUUGGGGUACCGCAAUGUCCAACGGCCUUUUUACGUUUCUUGGCAGACGUCAGGCAAUCAGGAGCAUUAGAUCAAAAUGUCGGUCCACCCGUCGUCCAUUGUUCCGCAGGCAUUGGAAGGUCGGGAACAUUUUGCUUGGUUGAUACAUGCCUAGUACUGAUCGAAGAGAACGGAUUGAAUUCCGUGAAUGUCCGGGAAAUAUUGCUGGAAAUGAGACGGUAUCGUAUGGGUCUGAUACAAACGCCGGAUCAGCUGCGCUUCUCGUACGCCGCCAUCAUUGAGGGAGCGAAACAAUUGCCACUGAAUGACGUGACAGGUUCACCGAGAAUACAAGAUGACGACGAUAACGACAUAAUAAAUAAUUACAAUUUUAUAAACCAUUCGCUCUUGGAGAAAGACGACGAGCCUCCUCCCUUACCUCCCCCGAGAGCGGAAUCUUUAACGCGCAGUGUUGCGAUCACAGAUACAAGCUUGGAAAAGUUCCACGAAGAUGGCGAAUUAGGUGGGCCGCCCGACAAACCGCUACCAAGCGAGCCGCCCGCCUACACGGAACCGUGCACGAGUCCGCCGUCCACCAUCUCCACGUCUGUCACAGAUGUUAUAGAAGAGCAAAAUGUCCCGUUACUCGCCGAGGUCGUCUCCGACGAUUCCUCGGAGGGCCGUUCCUCCCCACUAAGUUCCUCAUGUUUGGAUACAGUACGUAGACGUGGUGAGAAACGAGCGGAAAAGAACGAGCGGUUAGCGACGCAAGUGCGCGAUAUGAAACGCCGGCAGAGGGAUUGCGAAAAUUGGCAGAAGCUCAAGAGGUCAUUAUGCAACCCACUUACAAUAACCUUAUGCAUCGGGAUCGGUGGGAGUAUCAUAUUGGGUGGCUACCUGUACAUGCGUAGUUAGAUCUACCGUACUGCGUUUUCGAAUGGAUAUCGUACGUACGCAUGAACUUUACGAAUUGUCGGCAACACUUAGACGAGACUAGCACGAUCGAGGGAGGUUACUGUUCUUGGCAAGGCAUAGGUUCCGAUUCUACGAAGUUUCUUAAUGACAUCUCGAUCUCGACUGAAACUACGCCUUAAUAGUGGGAGGUGAAGUAAUUAAUUUAAAGGCCAGCAUAUUUCGCGUACCAUAUGCAAUCGGCAGUACAAUCGCGUCGCGAACUGAAACUAUAUCUCCAUUGUUGGAACGAUAAAAGCGAAAGUGAACAGUAGGAGACGGAGAAACAUCGCCGGAGCAGCAAGCUAUGUCGCAUUGUUGAUGCAUGCGCUGUUGCCAAUAUGGGAGAAUCGCAAACGGACGAUGACGAAAGUGGAUGGACUUUCGAUUUGUAUUUUUAUAUUGUGAUUUAGUCGACGAGUAUCUAGAAUAUCAGAGCGUACAUCAGGUCUAGAAGAUGUUUCGAUAUUCUCUAGAUGAGUAUCUGUCGUAAUGCUAAUUUGGCGAAUACUCGAACACAUAGUGACGUCUGGUGUACGUGUGUGGUACUCUUCAGAAUACUUUUACUAAGUUCCCUUAAAAAUACGGAUUUAACAGAAAUCAGUAGGUUAUAUCAUACAAUCAUGUUUAUGCAAACGUUAUAAUGAAAGAAUGAGAAGUGCACGGAAAGUUAUCGGUUUAUCACGGCACCGGGAUAAUUUUUUCCUAUAAUGAAAAAUUUAUACGAAUUUCGUGUCGUAUGUCGGAUACUCCGAAUUCGAAGCGUUUCGAAAUCUUCUUGUUCCUACAUUAUAGCGUCGAUCAUGAGCUCGUAUCGGGAAUAUUUAAGAACAGAACACGAAUUGUAGUUUUAAGCUCUAAAAUUGGCCCUUUUAUAUAUUAUUGAUUGUUAAUCAAUAAUUUAUAUAAGUUACAAAUGGAUGCAUAAGGCUCAAUCGUGAAAAAUCAAUCUCAGUCCCUGUUCUUUCUAGCGAGAAACACCAGGGCGGAUUUGGUCAUUUUCCGUAAAUAGAUUCUUCUCAUUAUUCAAUUAAAUAUCGGAAACGGUGAGCAAGAAGGAACUAUAUAUAGGUCGCAUUUUUCUGUAAUUUUCGACGAACCGUUUCUGAAUAUAACUUAGACUUACUAUUAGUGAUAUUUCAGGGUACCAAAAUCAUUAGCGUUGAUAAGCACCCGAUUUAUCUUAGUAGCGUUAAAUGGGUAUAAUCGCGUUAGGCCUAGAAAUUGUUAAAAAAUUUUUAUUCUAGUUUAUAGACGGACGAUGGACUUGUUUUUUUUUUUUUUUUCAACACUUGCCGAUUGAAGUAAAUUUUAUUUCUAUUGUCUCACAUCAAAUGAAGAAAAGGUAAAAGGGAGAAAAGCUUCUCUACGAGAAGAUAGAUCAGAUCAUGCGCAUGUUAACGAAUAACACAUUUGUGAUUUUUACGUAUUGCGAAAGUGUUUCGAUAACAUUCUUUUCUCACUUGCGAUAAUCUCGUUUGAACUCUUCAUUGUUGGGCUAUGAGUAAGAUACACUUUUUACUUA